AAUGGAUUUGGAUAUUAUACAAUCAACCAAAGAGGGCGAAAUCACCCAAUUUCUUUGUGAUGUUCGUGAUUAUUUUAGGGCCUCCUUGGCUACAUCGGAAUAUGAAAAUACAUCGAAUAUGUUUUUUGUAACCGAAUCGGACUCAACGGAACAGCUACUACAACGUUGUGAGCAAUUAUUAAAUCGUUUGACCAAUAAUAAAUGCCAAAAUCAGCAACAACAACAACACCAUCUUAUUACAUAUACCAUACCAAAACCUGUGCCGACACCGGUGACUAAUGGUCUACAAAAUCACUGGCAAUCUGGUAAAGAUAACAUCAAAUUGCAGCAGCAGCAACAACACCAAUCAAACCCAAUGUCGUCGUCAUCGUUGUCGAAUGGCGGUGGUGCAACAUCACAACCUGAUCUACAACAAUCUGCUGCUGUUGCUGCACCAACACAUCUCUAUCAGCAACAGGAUGAUGUCUCAUAUCUGGACAUGUCGGCUGCCAAUAAUAAAACCACAAUCCUACGAGUUGGACAGAAAAAAGACAAACCUGAUUGCAGCAAAUUCAUAGUUGUAAUUAAAGUCUCAUAUUUACGUUUACUCAAUUCAUCUGACAAUUCUGAUGCCUAUGGUAACAGUGAUUCUAAUUUAAAUAGUAAUCCCGCAUCACCAACUCUCGAAUCAUUCCCUUCCAUUGUAAGCAGUCCAACACCCAUUGCUUCGAAUUGUAAGGGCAAGGUAAAUAUGCUUAUCAAUCAAUUGGAGGCCAGAGGCCAUUUCGCCAAAUCAUCGCCUUCUUCACGAGAAUCCUCCCAUGAUUUGAAUAGCUCCGCGGACAGUGAUAAAACUUUUCGCUGUUCGACCAUGAUUGUAAAACAAAACAAAAGUUUCUUGCAUCGUCUACACGACACAAUGACCACUACGACCGACGAAGAAGCUGAAAACGAUAGUGUCGAUGGUCAGUUGGAUGAUGAAUUUGAAGAUGAUCCCCAAAUUUAUGAUAUCUGUCAGGUGACAACACAGGGCUCCGACGGCGAGGAAGAUCAUCUGGAAGAAACCCAAAAAGCCAUAACACCCGAAUCACAUUUUUCAUUGCCACAUCUCGAGUGUCCAUAUAUGGAUUUACCAGCCGGCCACUUGGCCAUACACAAAUCCACAAAAUACGGUCAAUUGCAGAGAAUCGAAAAACGUUUAUUUUUCGAUCAGAGUAAGAAGUGCUACUGUGGCAUCCUCAAUGAUUGGUUGCUGUGUUAUGCCGAUGGCCCUACUUCGAAUAUGCCCAGUAUAACAUUGUAUUUGAAAAUGCCUGGUAUUGAAAUUGAACAUUUUGGAGAGGGUAAACGUCGUGAUGUGUGUUUUCAAGUAUCCACUCCCGAUCCAAAUAAACGUUUCGUGUUUCAAGCUAUCAAUGAAAUCGAUGCCAAAGAAUGGAUCCAUGCCAUAGAGGCGGCAAUACGUAGUGAUAUUGGCACGGUGAUUGGUAAUAAUAGUGUAACAGUGGCCCGAACCCAAUCUUGCCGCAAAUUACCGACACCACCGGUUAUGAAGAAAAUGACAUUUACGGCCAGCGAUUGUAUUUACGAAGAACCCUCUCCCGUCUACAAUGUCCAUCAAAAGCAAACGAAUGGUGUUCCCGACUUACCGCAAAAACAAAAUAGUCCCUCGGCUUUGGCAGAACGUUUCGAAUAUGAUGUACCCAAAUGUCCACCACAACCCUUAAAUGGACAACAAAACAAUGAUGAAAUGCAACUUAUAAAUCCCUAUGACAAUGAAGCACCAGAAAGUAACGCCCAACCAGUUCAAAAAUCCUCUCCCACAACACCCAUGGGUAAUUUCAUUACACCACCAAAAAUCAAUUUGAAAAUGGAAGAAAAAUUAACUUUCCAAGCCAAGGUUAAAGAUGUUCACAGUAAAUUAUCUAGUCAGUUGUCGAAUGGUCCAGUUAAGAAACCUCUAAAGAAGACCUAUUCCUCGGGAUCCUCACAAAUGAAUGAUGGUGAAUCAUUGAUAAUGAGUACCUCACCAUCGGCUGGAAAUUCUUCACCUGUGGCCGCGGAACUAAAAAAACAAAAGAAAUCCUCAACGCCACAAAAUAGUCCACAAAAAUCCACAUCGGAAAAGACAUCUGGUACUAAAAAUUGGUUUUUAAAUCGUCUGAACAAGACCACAUCCUCUACACGGAGUAACAGUUCCUCAAACUCAACAAAUUCCAGUGCACCAUCAGCCAAAUGUAAACAAAGUGAAAAGGAAAAUCUACUCAAUUCAUCGGAUAAUGCAGAUGGCUAUGACAACAGUGAUUCCAAUUUAAGCAGUAAUCCCGCAUCACCAAUUCUCAAAUCAUCCUCCUCUACGGUAAGCAGUCCCACACCUAUUGCUUCGAAUGGUAAGGGCAAGGUUAAUAUGCUCAUCAAUCAAUUGGAGGCCAGUGGCCAUCUCGCCAGUAUGUUCAGUGUAGAUGCUGUGGCUUCGUUUAGUUCCUUCUGUGACAAUGAUUGUAAUAAUUAUGAACCCAUAAUGACUGUCUCAUCGCCGCCUAGUAGUUUUUUGAAAAAGGUUUAG